AUGCAGCCGCCGGCGUGGAUCGAGCAGCUCCGGCAGGACGCCAAAACUACCGAAAAGUCCAUCUCGUAUGACAUCAAGGUGUACGAUGAGCUCUCCUGGCGUCGCAAGCGUUUCACUUUUGACAAGGAGCUGUGGGAUCCGAUGCGGAUGAGCAGCAUCCUGCGUAAUCGACUUUGUCUGGGCAACGAAGACACCGAGUACACAGUCAUUGGGGAGGCGUUCGUUUUUCCAGACCGCGAGGACUCCCCAAUCGUGAACGAGCCGCAGCGCGCCUGCACGCUUCUCUGGGACCAAAACAGCUCCACGGAGAAGGUAAUGAUCCAGCUCUCUGAACACUUUCCUCCGCUGCUGUGGCACACGGUAAAGCCGACGUUCGGGGCAUUGAAGAAGGUCUUCUCCGAGUUCCUCGACGUAGACGCGGAGCAUAUGAAGAAGUAUCUUCCGUACUACGAGGAGGUCCAGAACCGUAUUGAAACUCAGAUGGACGAGAAGCUGGUCGGCACCUUGAGUCCAUCGCACAUGAAGAACAAGUUUAUCGAGGACAUGCGCAAGCGCGAUCCUCGGUCGGUGGAGCUGGACUACCCGAAUGAGCAUAGCAUCUUUCUUGGCCUCACGCCGCACUUUCGCGUCACGGAGGAUCAACUCAUGAAGAAGAACCCGUUUGUGUUUGGGUGGCCUAUGCUGCUCAGCGAUGGCAACGAGUAUCUGGAGGACACCCCCCUGCGCAUGGCCGCGUUCCGUACCGUUUACUCAAAGUCACUGCUGAUGUUCCACACCCGUCUCGACCUUCAGGUGGACCACCGGCAAUCGCAUUUGCCCGGCGACGACGUGGCUGACAUUCUGCUGGAGAUGCCCGUCUUUUGCACUAUCAACUACCCCACGAACACCCGACUCUGUGGCGGGCGUCCGCUGGUGCAACGGUUCAAUCAGGUGAUGGGCACCUCAUACCCACUCGGCAUGCCGGUGGAUGUGCUCGCCGCCUUCGCCCGCGAAAACACCGUCAAGGGAGAGCGAGAGCUGCUGGAGGAGUUGAAGUUCCUGACGGCAGCGUCGCAGAAAGUACCAGAGAUGGAGCGUGUGUUUCGCGUCUCGGAGGACCAGUUGAGCUCCAACAAGAUCAUUGGUCAGCUGGCCUACACGAUUGUGUACCUUGCGCUGGUGAACUACCCUAAGUUCGCCGAGGAAAUCUUCAAGGUGUACUGGAAGCACCCGAGCGACCUUGUCCGCGUCGCAUGUGCGAAGGGAGCUCACAUUGUGGAGCGGCAAGAUCUGGUAGAGCAGCUCAUUCAAGCAGAGCCGGAGGGGCGGUGCAAGACUAUGCUCACGGCGACGAUGCAUCUAAGCACAGACGCGCACUCAGCCAAGGCAGCGUAUUCGGAGGGGAAGUGA